UUGCAGUUUUUCUAUAUCUUUUGUGUCUUGUGCUUUGCCUAAAGUUCUCAUUACUGAACCUGUGACUUGUCAUUCUCAUAUCUCUUGAGAAAGAGCAGAAAAGGAAUUACUGGUUGUCACAGAGGAAUUAUGUCUUCAGUAGCAGUGCCAUUUUACCAGAGGAGGCACAAGCACUUUGAUCAGUCCUAUCGCAACAUUCAAACAAGAUAUGUACUUGAGGAAUAUGCAGCAAGAAAGGCUGCUUCCAGGCAGGCUGCUUAUUAUGAAUCGUCUGGCUUGGGCAAAACAACGUGUAGGCUUUGUGCCAGGAGGGCACGCACCUUGGCGCAUGAAGCAAUGCAGGAAUCCAGGAAAAGGAGUCAUGAGCAAAAGUCUCAUGUAAGUGAUGAGAAAAGAAUCCGUUUUGCCAGUGAGUUGUCUGCUUUGGAAAAAGAGAUUCACACAGCCAGGCACCGUGCUCGAGAGCAUCUGGAUAAACUUGCUGUGCAAAGAAUGGUAGAAGAAAAUAUGGCUCUGGAAAGACAUAUCACUGAAGAAAGAAUAAGUCGAGCCCCUGAAAUUCUAGUGCGCCUGAGGUCUCACACUGUCUGGGAAAAGAUGUCUGUGAGCCUUUGCUUUACUGUACAAGGAUUUCCAACCCCUGUUGUACAAUGGUACAAAAAUGAGGAAUUGAUUUUUCCUGCAAGUGAUCCAACAAAGUAUAGAAUUGAAAGCAAAUAUGGAGUACAUGUGUUACAUAUAAACAGAGCUGACUUUGAUGAUUCUGCAACCUAUUCAGCAGUUGCAACAAACGUCCACGGUCAGGCAUCAACUAAUUGUGCUGUGAUUGUGCGAAGGUUCAGAGAGGAUGAAGAGCCUCACCCAGCUGCGAUAAUGCCCUUCCACUUGCCCCUGUCAUAUGAUGUUUGCUUCACCCACAUUGAUGUGCAGUUUCUGGAGAAGUUUGGAGUCACUUUUGCAACUGAAGGGGAGACACUGACCUUGAAGUGUUCUAUGCUGAUCACUCCAGAGUUGAAAAGACUAAGACCUCGUGCUGAGUGGUAUAGAGAUGAUGUGCUGAUAAAGGACUCCAAGUGGACAAAGCUGUAUUUUGGAGAAGGCCAGGCAGCUCUUUCCUUUAGUCAUCUGAACAAAGACGAUGAAGGUUUAUACACCCUGCGCAUGGUUUCAAGAGGUGGAAUCAGUGAAUGCAGUGCAUACCUGUUUGUAAGAGAUGCUGAUGCAUUGAUCGCAGGAGCACCAGGGGCACCAAUGGAUGUUAAAUGCCACGAUGCUAACAGAGACUAUGUUAUUGUUACCUGGAAACCACCGAAUACUACCAGUGAGAGCCCUGUUAUCGGAUAUUUUGUGGACAAAUGUGAAGUAGGUUUGGAAAACUGGGUGCAGUGCAAUGAUGCCCCUGUAAAAGUCUGCAAGUAUCCUGUGACUGGUCUUCAAGAGGGACGGUCUUACAUAUUCCGUGUGAGAGCAGUGAACAGUGCUGGCAUUAGCCGGCCUUCUCGAGCCUCGGAACCAGUUGCAGCACUUGACCCCCUUGACCUGGAGAGAACACAAACUGUUCAUGUGGAUGAAGGGCGAAAGAUUGUGAUCAGUAAGGAUGACCUUGAAGGGGAUGUUCAGAUUCCAGGCCCUCCCACCAAUGUACAUGCUUCAGAAAUCAGCAAAACGUAUGUUGUACUCAGCUGGGAUCCACCCGUUCCCCGUGGCAGGGAGCCACUGACGUAUUUCAUUGAGAAGUCCAUGGUUGGCAGUGGAAGCUGGCAAAGAGUCAAUGCACAGGUUGCAGUAAAAUCUCCUCGCUAUGCAGUGUUUGACCUUGCAGAAGGAAAACCAUAUGUUUUCCGAGUGUUGUCAGCAAACAAAAAUGGUAUCAGUGAUCCAUCUGAAAUCACAGAACCUAUUCAACCACAAGAUACUAUUGUUUUGCCGUCUGCACCUGGUCAGGUGGUGGCCACAAGGAAUACAAAAACAUCAGUUGUAGUUCAGUGGGAUAAACCAAAACAUGAAGAGGAUUUAUAUGGCUACUACAUUGACUAUUCUGUGGUGGGAUCAAAUCGCUGGGAACCCAGUAACCAUAAACCUAUUAAAUAUAACAGGUUUGUUGUUCAUGGUUUGGAGGCUGGAGAGCAAUAUGUCUUCCGUGUGAAAGCUGCAAAUGCUGUAGGACUGAGUGAAAACUCGCAGGAGUCGGAGGCUGUAACAGUGCAGGCAGCCCUUAGAGGAAGUGUGUCUCAUAUGGCUUGUCCUUCAUAUCCUCAUGGUAUCACUCUUCUGAACUGUGAUGGGCAUUCAAUGACCCUUGGCUGGAAAGCACCAACGUACAGUGGAGGUUCACCAAUCCUUGGUUAUUAUAUGGAUAAACGGGAAGCUAACCAUCAAAACUGGCAUGAAGUCAAUUCUUCCCUUAUUACCCGGACGAUUUAUACGGUAGAGGAUUUGACUGAAGAUGCCUUCUAUGAAUUCAAAGUUGCUGCUGCAAAUCUGGUUGGAAUAGGUCAACCUUCAGAUCCCAGUGAGCAUUUUAAGUGUAAAGCCUGGACUAUGCCAGAACCUGGUCCUGCCUAUGAUCUCAUGAUAUGUGAAGUUAGAAAUACAUCACUAGUUCUUCUGUGGAAAGCUCCUGUGUAUGAAGGCAAAAGCCCUAUUACUGGGUAUUUAGUGGACUAUAAAGAAGUAGAUUCAGAAGACUGGAUCACUGCUAAUGAAAAACCUACUUCAAAGCGCUAUUUUAAGGUUACUGAUUUACAAAAGGGUCAUACCUAUGUUUUCAAAGUUCGUGCAGUGAAUGAUGCUGGGGUAGGCAAGUCAUCUGAGAUAUCUGAACCAGUGCUUGUUGAGGAAAGGCCAGGAACAAAAGAAAUCUAUUCUGGUGUGGAUGAUGAGGGUAAUAUUUACCUGGCUUUUGAGUGCAAAGAAGCAACAGAUGCAUCUCAGUUUGCAUGGGGUAAAUCUUAUGAGGAGAUUGAUGAUUCUCAUAAGUUUAAGAUUGAAACAGAAGGAAAUCAUUCUAAGCUGUACUUCAAAAAUCCUGAUAAAUCAGACUUGGGAACUUACUCUGUCUCAGUUAGUGACACAGAUGGGGUUUCCUCCAGCUUCGUUAUGGAUGAUGAAGAGUUUGAACGUUUGAUGGCAUUAAGCUAUGAAAUAAAGAAUCCAACAAUACCUCUGAAAUCAGAAUUAGCUUAUGAGGUUCUUGAUAAAGGAGAAGUUCGUUUCUGGAUUCAGGCUGAAAGCUUAUCUCCAGAUUCUACUUUCAGAUUUGUUAUUAACGAUAAAGAAGUUGAAAACAGUGACAGGCAUAAAAUAAAUUGUGACCGUUCAAAUGGCAUUAUAGAAAUGAUGAUGGAAAAAUUUACAAUUGACAAUGAAGGUACCUACACAGUACAGAUUCAGGAUGGAAAGGCCAAAAACCAGUCCUCAUUAGUUCUCAUUGGAGAUGCAUUCAAGAACGUAUUGGCUGAGUCUGAGCUCCAGCGAAAGGAAUUUCUCAGAAAACAAGGUCCUCACUUCUCAGAGUUUUUGUAUUGGAAGGUUACAGAGGAAUGUGAAGUUUUACUUUCUUGUAAGGUUGCAAACACAAAGAAGGAGACUGAUUUUAAGUGGUAUAAGGAUGGUUCUGGGGCUGAUGUUGAGGAGCUGCCUGAUCUGCAGAAGGGAGAAUGUCACCUCAGUAUUCCCAAGCUGUCUCGCAAAGAUGAAGGGGUUUAUAAGGCGACACUAUCAGAUGAUAGAGGUCAUGAUGUAUCUUCUCUUGAAUUAUCAGGAAAAGUUUAUGAUGAUAUAAUUCUGGCAUUGAGUGGAAUGAGUGGUAAGUCAGCCUCUCCACUGAAGAUUCUUUGCACUGAGGAAGGAAUAAGGCUCCAGUGCUUCUUGAAAUACUACAAUGAAGAAAUGAAAGUCAGCUGGUGUCACAGGGAAUCUAAGAUUUCUUCUGGUGAAAAGAUGAAGAUUGGAGGUGGAGAUGAUGUUGCCUGGUUGCAGAUAAGUGAACCCACUGAAAAGGAUAAGGGGAACUACACAUUUGAAAUCUUUGGUGACAAGGAAUCGUACAAGCGCACGCUUGAUCUGUCUGGUCAAGCUUUUGAUGAUGCAUAUGCAGAAUUCCAGCGGCUCAAGGCAGCUGCUUUUGCUGAGAAGAAUCGUGGUAAAGUCAUUGGUGGUUUGCCUGAUGUCGUUACUAUAAUGGAUGGGAAGACACUAAAUCUGACCUGUACUGUAUUUGGAAACCCUGACCCUGAAGUGGUCUGGUUCAAGAAUGACAAGGCCUUUGAAAUUGAUGAGCACUAUUCAUUUUCACUGGAACAAGGGAAAUACGCCAGUUUAACCAUCAAGGGGGUGACUUCAGAAGAUUCAGGCAAAUACAGUAUCCAUGUCAAGAACAAGUAUGGUGGGGAAACAGUGGAUGUCACUGUAAGUGUGUACAGACAUGGUGAAAAAAUGCCUGAAAUUAAGCCUGGCCAACUUGCUAAGCCCAGGCCAAUACCACCAUCAGAAGAAGUCCUCAAACCUGAGGGCGAGUGAAGAUCCUGUAACAAGUGAAGUUCCACCUUCUGAUAAACAGAAUAGAAUACUUGAGCUGUAUUUGAGCUAUUGCCACACAAAAUUCAUUGGUAAUGUCAAAAGGGAAACUGAGUUUUUAAGUUUGCUUUGGGAGGUAGCUGUGCUGUGGUGCUGUACACCUCUGCAGCGAUCUCAUUUUGAAUGCAUAUAAUAGAGUAGGACUUGCAAACAGUGAAAAAGCCAAAUUCCUGCCAGAGGUUCCCAUAUGAAAUGACACGUUUCAAAAACCUACAAACCUACAAUAAACUUUCAUUUUUACACUUCUCAAUCUUGUGCAAAAAACCCCCACAGUCCAAGCAAUACAACAAGCCUCUGAGAACAAUAGCCCCAACAGUAAAGGCAGUGAACUGCAGUUAUCGACAUUCAGAGCUGGUCCUUUUGGCUUUGAAGCCCUUGAAGUUUAGUGAAUAGUCUUGCUUUAGUAGUGAUACUCUUGUUCUGUCAAUAGUGGGAUUUUAGUAGACCUUUACCAAUGUUCACUCUGUACUCACUGAACCAUAGGUCACAUGGUUGUGUUUUGUUUUUCCUGCUUUGUGCUAAUAAAACUUUAAAAGUCACCUUUGCUACUCACUGCUCCAAAUCACACCUAACUAGUUCUAUUUACUCUUCUUCAUUGUUUAAUUAUUGCUUAUUGCACAAUUUCACAGCUGGUAGACUAGCAGACUAUCGACUUUCAAUAAAGAAUGCAAAUUAUGGUUAAUCACA